AUCAGCGCGAGGGCCGAACGAGCUUUUCAUUUUUCAAUCCAAUGGACAGCGCCAUAGGUCCCCGGAGAAGCUCGGCUUUCCGGAUGGAGAAUCCCUUCAGCCUCAAGGUUUUCCAGGUCUUUACGGGAUUCGGCGUGGGAUGUGGGAUUGGUAUCGGCGUUGGCCGGCCCAUAUAUCUAGGUAAAGUACUCUCCCCACCCCCUUGAACCCCAACAAACACCUCAGACACUUCCAUUAGGUGAUGGACUCGGGAAUUCUGUCCAAAGGAAAGAGCGACGAAGACUCACCCAACCGUACCGGGAAAUGCCAGUGUAUUGCUUGAAUUGGUGCAAUACCAGUACUGCAGCAAGUCAUGAGUGCGACAAGCGGUGCAACAGAUGCUUUUUCUGGAGUCGGGAGACAUGUUAAUGGCUCUCUAAAGAAGUUGGGGAUGAAGAACAUUGAAGCAGGUAUUGGAUGUGGGGUUGGUGUUGGCCACGGCUUUGGAGUAGGACUUGCAUUGAAACCUGGAAUGGUUCAUCUGAUCCAAUCUUCUCUUGAGCAACUGAUGUCUAAGAUCAUGAUGAAUGCGGGUUCUGUUCCUGGUUUACCUUCUGCCUCAAGUGUCAUCCCAGGAUCUGCUCAAAGCAGCAAUACUAUGCUAAGCGGGGCUUUCAAUAAAAAAGUGCAAUCCUCAAGCGGCAGUGUUUUGGAUCUGGAAUCUAAAACUACGGGAAACACCUUUCAACCUGCAAGAUUUGAUGAAUCUCCCCAUCAGGAACCUACAUAUAAUUCUUAUGAAUCAAAAGGGACCCUGUCAGAAAAAUCAAUUGGAAGUCGCACUGAAAAGGUUAUCAACAAUUUCUUGCAGAAUCCACUUUUCAGAAAUGAUGAGAAGAUGGAGCUAAAUGAAUUGGCUGGGAAUCUACGAUCGGAGAAUAACGUGCUACAAAUUUUACUGAAACAUCAACAAGUCAUCGAGGAGUUGAUGGAGGAGAACCAGAAACUGCGCCAAAUACUCGUGGAGGACCUUAAUGUUCCACCUAGCAAGCUCCAAAUAAACAAGGAGAGCAAGAUCAAAACUUACUACUCAUGUUCAGACUGCUUUGAAUGCCGUAGAAGAGACAGAAGAAGAACAAGAUGACAUUAAUAUCCCCAUAGUUCAUGUCAGCAGCACAUUCUUAUCAAAGUUUUCUUAAUGUUUGUCAAGUUCUUGACGGCAGAGGCUAGAUUAUCAUCACUAGCAGCCAAAAGAAUGGCCAUGGAUAUUUGAUAACAUUUGUUCUGAUGAACAUUCCUAGGUCGCUUUUUUGACAUAUAUUUACCUUCACCCCUUUUUUUGUUUUGUGAAAAUUAAAUAUCAUUGUCUUCCUUCUCUUAUUACAAGGUUCAUGUUUUCUGCCUCUUUAAUAUGAAUAAAAAUUUUCACCUUUCGAAUA